AAUAUAAGAAGACAAAUACAACUAUCAAAAUGGCGGCGCCCAUGAUGACUGCGAUUCGAGCAGUCGUAUGCAGAUAUCUCAAUAAUCACAUUUCAAACCAAUCCUUGGUGCUAUGCAGACACCAACAAAGACGAUGUAUGCAGUCAUUAUCAGAAAUGAAGAAGUUUUACAAACAAGCUACUAUUGCUACAGCUGAUGGUUGGUACGAAAUUAACCUUGACAAACGGAAGUUGAGAACACCGACUGGCAACAUGUUCCGAGUGCCAAGUGAACCUCUAGCCCUCGCAGUAGCAACUGAGUGGAAUGCCCAGGAGAAAGUCAUCAAACGGAGCACAAUGCAUCUGAAUUCCUUGUGUAACACAGCUUUAGACAACCCAAUGCACAGGACACGAGAGGAUUUGACGGAGUCGAUCAUACACUUCCUGGAAACAGACACAAUAUGUUACAGACUGAAUGAUCCUCCAGAACUGAUGACCUUCCUGGAAAAGGAUUGGGACCCCGUGCUGGACUGGGCCAGAGAGAGAUAUGGCAUUACAAUAGAACCUACAUCCUCUAUCAUGCCGCCAGAAGUUCCAGCUGAGACCAAAGACAUAAUAAGGAGGCAUUUAAUGUCUUAUAGCGACUGGGCUUUGUUUGGGUACUACUAUGCUGUGGACUCCAUCAAGUCUCUGUUGAUCACCAUGGCGCUGGUGGACCGGUUCAUCACUGUGGAGAGAGCUGUAGAUCUGGCCCGACUGGAGCAACAGUAUCAGACCCAGCGCUGGGGCAAUGUGGAAUGGUACCAUGACAUGGACAUUUUAGAAAUGCGUACCCGAAUGGCAGCAGCAACUCUAUUUGUACACUGGUGUUGUGAGAAUUCCACCAUCAAACAGAAGGCGGCCAUUGUCAGAUAGUGCUUGUGGUGACACAUAGAUGUGUUUGUGAUAUCUCCAUGUUCAUGCGGACUCCCCUCAGUGCAUCCGUUACAGUGAAUACUUUGAAAAACGUAUCAGACGGAAAUGGAUCCUUUAUUAUAAUUAUUGUUUGAUUGUUGCUGAAGACGAGGAGUCACAGUUUCAUGUGUGUACAGCAUUUCAGCCUCUGACUUGAACAAAAACACAUAAGUAACAUGGUUCCAAUGACCCAAGGAUAUUUGCACAAUUUCUGUGCUCAUCCUGACAAUUUCUGGAUAUUCAAGAUGAAAUUAUUACUUGUAUUGUACCUGGAUGUCCCCAAGAAAGUGUGGGUACAAAAAAAUAUUUGCUGAUCCACCUUUACUGUAAAAGCCAUAGUAAUUGGAAACUAUGUAUUUUAUAUUAAGAAAUGUUACCAUGCAGGCUGCAUGUGACUAGAUCCUGAAUAAAUGCAGUAAACCCAUUUA